AUGAAAAGCAAUGAGUUUGAAAUCCUUGAAGAGAUUUCUAUUUUUCAAAACUAUGAAAUAAUUGCUCUUUUAUAUUUAACAAUUCCUAACGAUAAAACUUUAAAUGUAUAUUUUCAACUUAUCGAUGACACUUCUACCGAAUUUUACUAUAACUCGAAUUUGUUUGAUAACAAAUUUUCUAUCAAGGCAGAGUAUGCAAAGAUUAUUAGUUAUUCGAAAACCAAUAAAAUUGAAUAUAUAAUGUAUUAUCCGGAUGGAUUAUUUUAUCGGUACUACAUUGAAAAGAGAUUUUAUCAUAAAUCUGGAACAUAUAUUAAAUAUUCUAUUUCAACAAAUACAUAUAUUUUUGUUGAUUCUAAAAGUACGCAUACUCUUGAGAUGUUAAUGGUUUUUUAA